AUGAGUGGACGAGUAGGAGACCUGAUUCCAAGGCAGAGGGAAACUCUGACUGAGUUUCGAGAGAGAAUCCAAGACAUUCUCGACCACCUGCCAGAACAAGAUGACCACUACCUUCUGCGCUGGCUCAGAGCUCGUAAUUUUAGCGUUCAAAAAUCCGAAGCGAUGAUCAGAAAGCAUUUGGAGUUCAGAAGACAGAUGAAAGUGGACACUAUUGUUGAGGACUUUAAACCUCCAGAGGUUAUUGAAAAAUAUGUGUCUGGAGGGAUGUGUGGUUACGACCGAGAGGGCAGCCCCAUCUGGUAUGAUGUGAUCGGCCCCCUCGACCCCAAAGGCCUCCUGUUGUCAGCCACAAAGCAAGACUUCCUUAAAACCAAAAUCCGACAUACAGAAAUGCUUCGGAGGGAAUGUAAACGGCAAUCUCAAAGACUGGGGAAAAACGUCGAGGCUAUUUCACUUAUCUACGACUGUGAAGGCCUGGGCUUGAAACACAUGUGGAAACCUGCCAUUGACACGUAUGGAGAGGUGCUAACAAUGUUUGAAGACAACUAUCCAGAAGGGCUGAAGAGGUUGUAUCUCAUCAAAGCUCCAGCCAUCUUUCCCAUGGCCUACAACUUGAUAAAGCACUUCCUUUGUGAGGAAACACGCCGCAAAAUUGUAAUUCUAGGAAGUGACUGGAAAGAGGUGUUGCGAAAAAACAUUGAUCCUGAUCAGCUUCCUGUGGUGUAUGGAGGAACGCUGACUGAUCCUGAUGGUGAUCCCAGCUGCAGGACUAUGAUAAAUUAUGGAGGCACAGUUCCCAAGUCUUAUUACAUCCAGGACUCUGUGAAAGUCCAAUAUGACUGCAGUGUCACCAUCAGCCGUGGAUCAGUGUUUCAGCUCGAGUCUGAGGUCAUCACACCCAACUCACUUUUAAGAUGGCAGUUUGCUAGUGAUGGAGCAGAUAUUGGGUUUGGUGUCUACAAGCGAACCACAGAGAAUGGGAGUCAAAAGGUGACUGAAAUGCAGCCGGUUUUGCCGACUGAAAGAUAUAAUUCCCACCUGGUCCCAGAGGACAGCUGCCUGACCUGCUCCGAGCCUGGAGUCUAUGUGUUGUGUUUUGACAACAGCUACAGCUUCCUUCAGUCCAAGAAAGUGAGCUACAAAGUGGAAGUUGUUCCUUCUGCUGAUUUGCAAACUGUGGUCCCACACAGCAGAGGAGAUGUGAGGCUGCAAUAG